UUUAUUUAUUGUUCGAUCUCUUUCCACAGCAACACAAAUAUUUGUCUGCAUGAAAUGCCAGGCUACUAUUAGAGCAGCAUGGCAAGGUUGAGACCUACGAGGCGAGUGCUGACUACGAGACGAAAGAGAAGAAGUGUGAAUAGCUGCAGUGUCAAGGUGGUACUAUGGCUGGUGGUGGGAGUAUGGAUCGGGAUCUUUGCCUACUUUUUGAUGGUGCAUGGCACCACCACUACUACUGCUACCAGUCCAACAACAAUAAAGGAUCAAAGCCAACAAGAACCACAAGACACGAGAAACCUCCGCGAAAAUCAGAAACCAGGAGAGCUGCCUCUCCCAGUCCAGUCAAAGAAGAAGCCAAAAACGCCAUCCCAAAAGAACGCUGACAACCCCCGAUUUCUGGUAUUUCUGGGAGACCAACUGGAAGGUCAAGGAGCUGGAAAUCUCAUGAAUGGACUCUUGGCAGCGCAUUUGCUGGGAGACGAAUUUGGUCGCAUUGUGUGUGUGACACACCAAUAUACUGGAUUCCAUCAAGCUUGGAAGGCCAUCCAUCCUGUCGCCGUCCGAAUGUGUUCGACCAUCAUGAUGGACAAUUACAACCAGUAUCCUCAACUCUUUCUGCUCAACUUUCACAAGACACCCGUCAACGAAUGUUACGUCCAACAACUAUUGGCAUCUGACAAGGAACCCAUUAUUGCCCUACAGGGGAACACGUAUCCUCGGUGGGCCCAUGUCCCCCCCAAGUAUUUCUUGCAAUUCUAUCAACCCAAACGCAUCAUGCUCGAUGUGCUACCCUACAAUCCAGACCGUCCACCUCGCACUGUGAUUCAUUUGCGAAAAGAAGACGCCCAAGGCGAUGUCCGAUAUGGAUUGGAUGACACCACCCUGAAAACAUUGGCCAAACUGUGUGCCCUGCAAUUCCCAGAGGAUAAACCCUACCUCAUUACCAAUCACGUGCCUUGGUUUGACGAGUUGGAAGAACGGUAUGGAUGGCGUCAUCCCGAUUGGCAAAUGGUCACCCACUCGGCAUCACAACAACAACAGAAUUGGGGCAGUCGACAUACCAAGCGUGGUAACGAUGUCGAUUUAAAACAGGAAGCCAACGAUCGCAAACUCUACGGGGCACACGAGACACCGCAAGCGCAAUUGGAGAAUUUACAACUCUGGGCCGAUUGGUACACUUUGUUACAUGCCAAACGCGUCUUUCACACAGUGAGUGAUUUCUCCACUUCGGCCGUGCAUUGGAUGGGUACUACAGCGAAGAAAGACGAUGGUACCAUCGAGUCGUAUAUUCUGGAAGGAUUGCCGGGGCAUGUCCAAUUGAAUCCGGAAUAUUUCCGACGAGAGGAUCCGGCCAUUCCAUUGGUGGAGCGGACGGCAGAUCAGUUGCAGCAUUGUUAUGGAUGAUGAUGAUGAUGGUGAAGACGAGAGAAGAGGAAUGCACAUCCGAUCCUGCCAGGAGUCUUUCCCAACAAUUUGCACUUUCGACGAUACGCUCCAACUUGCCAACAGAGUUGUGCCGUUGUGCCCCAUGUGGAUUCGUGGUCAUCGUCACUACACUCCAACCUCAAUUGCGAUGACCGAUCCGCUUUCCAGCCAUUGUCAAGCGUUGCCAUGAAUCGAAUCGAAUCAAUCCAAUCAUCAGGCUUUUUUCAUGGAUCCUGCUGCAAUAGAAAACCAGCCACUCAUUCAUCGAGCAUGAGUUAUUUGAGAAACGACAACCAACGACAACAGAUUCCGUCCAUGCGCGUGGCACUACCGUAUGGCCAUGCAGGAGUAGACGCACGAGUUGGGGGAAAUGUACGAGUACGGGAAAGACGCUGCUUUUUCGUUUGUCAUUGGUUUGCUUUAUCGUGGCGACAAUAAGCAGCCAGGUACCGUACGGUAGGCAGGUUCAUGUCAUGGUCGCCUUUUCAAAAAUGAAAGGGUGGGUUCUAUCUAACAGUUUGAUAGCUCUAGCUAGGUUCGUGCUUUCUUUUUCCCGUUUGAAUUGUGAUGCUAAAUCAAUACCUAGUCGUAGCCUGCUGUCAA